UUCCUUCCUCCUACCUCACCUUUCACCUGCUCCCCACAUUUAUUAAUCGAAUCAAAAAGCUCAUCCCUUUCUUCCUCCCAUUGAUGAGAGGCAGAAGCCAAGAACAAACAGCACCCUAAAAAAGAAGCCUAUCAAAGAAUUUAAGGCCGCGGAGAAAGAUAUUGAAUUCUUUACCCACACUCGCCGCAUCCAAAUCUCCUCCUGGAGGAAGCAAUCCGGUGUUCUCUCCUUUUCCUCCUCUUUAUCUUACUAGUAGUAGCUGUUUUGCUCCCUGCACAUUAGCUGUCCAUUGGCAGCGGCGGCGGCCAUGGCGAUCCGCGUGGCCGUUUCCUAGCCAAGAAGGCAAGAAGCAACCGAGAAAGGCCUACAAAGUUUGCGUUCUUGAGAGAAAGAGGGUGGAAGCUAGUAGGUGUUAGUGGGAGGGAGGGGCCAAGAAUGGCGGCGCUGGCCGCCGCAUUGGUUGGGUUUCUUCUUGCUGUCUCGUCGGCGCCGGCGGGAGCCACCACCGACGCCUCCGACGCUGCGGCGCUUGGGAAUCUGUAUUCGUCGUGGAACAGCCCGUCGCAGCUGGCUGGGUGGUCGGCCGGCGGCGGCGGCGACCCUUGCGGCGCGGGGUGGCAGGGGAUCUCCUGCUCCGGCGCUGGCGUCACCGAAAUUAGGCUUGCUGGGGUAGGACUGGAUGGCUCUCUGGGAUAUGAACUCUCCAGUCUAUUCUCAUUGAAGACAUUAGAUUUGAGCAACAACAACUUGCAUGGUUCAAUUCCUUACCAGCUGCCACCGAAUCUCACAUAUCUGAAUCUGGCAACCAACAACUUAUCUGGCAACCUUCCGUACUCUAUAUCCAACAUGGUUUCAUUAGAGUACCUCAAUGUCAGCCACAACUCACUGUCUCAACAGAUAGGUGAUUUAUUUGGAAGUCUCAAUUCACUUUCAGAGCUAGAUGUAUCUUUCAACAAAUUGACAGGGGAUCUUCCCAAUUCUCUUGGCUCUCUUUCAAAUCUUUCUAGUCUUUAUAUGCAAAACAAUCAAUUAACAGGUUCUGUCAAUGUUCUCAGUGGUCUAAGCCUCACAACACUAAAUAUUGCAAACAACAAUUUCAAUGGCUGGAUACCACAAGAAUUCAGUUCAAUCCCAGAUCUGACACUUGGAGGAAACUCAUUCACAAAUGGACCUGCUCCACCACCACCACCUUUUAUGCCACCACCCCCUAGAAGACCACGUAAUCGGCCCAGCCAUCCUCGGGGAAGUGGAGAUGCUCCAGAAGGCUCAGUAAGCCCAGCUGGUCAAGGUGACAAGAAGCAAGGUCUUCAGACAGGCCCGCUUGUCGGGAUAGUUGCUGGCUCAACAGUUGGUGCCUUAUGUGCACUUCUUCUUUUGGUAUUCUGCAUUCGCAAUGCUCAGAAAAGAAAGGAUGAUACCAGCAGCAAUUCAAAAGAUUUUGUAGGUCCACUAUCAGUAAACAUAGAGAGAGCUUCUAACAGGGAAAUCCCAGAGCAGAGUCCUGAGAAUACUUCUGUAGCAACUAUGAAGAUCUCACCUGCUGAGAAAAUGACUCCAGAGAGGAUUUAUGGUAAAACUGGUUCUAUGAGAAAGACAAAGGUCCCAAUCACUGCAACGCCUUAUACUGUUGCUUCCCUCCAAGUUGCCACUAAUAGCUUCUGUCAAGAUUCCCUUCUAGGAGAGGGCUCACUUGGUCGUGUUUACAAGGCCGAUUUCCCCAAUGGAAAGGUUCUUGCAGUUAAGAAGAUAGAUAGUUCAGCCCUUUCCUUGCAGGAAGAAGACAAUUUUCUUGAGGCUGUAUCGAGCAUGUCACGGCUAAGGCAUCCAAACAUUGUGCCACUUACAGGGUAUUGUGUUGAGCAUGGGCAAAGGCUUCUUGUUUAUGAGUACAUUGGAAAUGGAACACUGCAUGAUGUGCUGCACUACUCUGAUGAGUUGAGCAGGAAGCUUACAUGGAACAUCCGUGUAAGGGUAGCCCUAGGGACUGCUCGGGCGCUAGAGUACCUGCAUGAGGUGUGCUUGCCAUCUGUUGUGCAUAGAAACUUUAAGUCCUCAAACAUCCUACUCGAUGAAGAGCAUAAUCCACAUUUAUCUGACUGUGGGCUUGCCGCCUUGACACCCAACACGGAGAGACAGGUUUCAACUGAGGUGUUUGGCUCAUUUGGAUACAGUGCCCCGGAGUUUGCCAUGUCAGGAAUUUAUACCGUAAAGAGUGAUGUGUACAGUUUUGGAGUUGUGAUGUUAGAGCUAUUGACAGGGCGGAAACCACUAGACAGUUCUAGAGAGAGAUCAGAACAAUCUCUUGUUCGAUGGGCUACUCCACAGCUUCAUGAUAUCGAUGCGCUUGCUAAGAUGGUGGAUCCAGCAUUAAAUGGAAUGUACCCUGCUAAAUCGCUCUCCCGUUUUGCGGACAUAAUCGCGCUGUGUGUUCAGCCUGAGCCCGAGUUUCGCCCUCCUAUGUCUGAGGUAGUUCAGCAACUUGUUCGCCUGAUGCAAAGGGCCAGCAUAGUGAGGCGACAAUCUGGAGAAGAAUUGGGAUAUUCAUACAGAGCCCCUGAACGCGAAGGCGACAUGAGAGACCUUUCCUUCUGAGAAGUUCCUUCCAUGGUACAAGGCGAAAAAAAACAGUUUGGAGGCUCAGUUACAAGAACUUUGGACUACUCAUAUGAUGAAGAUGAACUGGUGAACGCGAGUUGAUCACACGAUUCAUGGUCGAACGGAUUUGAGAAGAUAAUUUUGGUACUUCAUUGUUCAAAUUUUGUUCAUUCUUCUCCCCCUUUCUUUUUUUCAUUUUUUGUUUCCCAGUCAUUGUUCUUCAGGCCUAAAUCAAUGGCAUAUGUAUAGCAUGUUGGUCACUGAUUCACAGGUAGAGAAAAAGAUGGAAAAGAGAUUUAACCUUGAGCUCAUGCUCAACUGUGUUAAUUCAUACCAAGUGUUAUUAAUGAUGAUUGCUUCAAAGCUCUUACACCUUA